UGUGCAUGGGGAUUGGUUGUCGCUUUGCGGAUUUGUGUUUAGAAAUUCAGCAAUCGUCUUGAUUUAAUGUCCAAUAAUGAAAAUACAUUUUCGGGAACAAUAUGGCACCAAAGGCGAGGAAAUACUCUAUGUGACGCCGGCAGAUCAAAGUAAUAUUGUUCGCGUGCCUUUACGUGGCGAUAAGCUGGUCAUACAGGAAAAAUUCUUGUUGUUUCGUGUGCUGCAGAAUAUAUUUCUGCCCAAGGGCUAUCCAGACUCGGUGUCCGAUGAUUAUGUCGUCUAUCAAAUCUGGGACACACUGCAGGCCUUCUGCAGCACCAUUUGUGGCACUCUCUGCACCCAUGCCAUACUGAAGGGCAUCGGAGUCGGGAGUGAGAAUAUCAAUGCAUAUUCCGCCACGGUCACCUGGAUACUGAAGGAGGGCAGUGGCCAUGUGGGACGGAUAUUGUUUGCCUGGUGGCAGGGUAGUCAGCUGGAUGUCGAUUCGAAAAAGUGGCGUUUGCGUGCCGAUUUUCUAAACGAUCUCGCCAUGGGCAUUGAAAUCUAUGUGCUUCCCAAAUAUCCACAUUUUAGUACGCAAAUCCUGUGUGGCUCCACGAUGCUGAAAGCGAUUGUAGGCGUGGCCGGUGGCGCAACACGUUCGGCGUUAACGCAACAUCAUGCGGUCCGUGGCAAUUUGGCGGAUGUUGCCUCCAAGGAUAGUUCGCAGGAGACAUGCGUCAAUUUGGUUGCCUCGUUUGUUGGGCUCUAUCUGCUCACGAUGAUCAAGAGCCAGGCCAUGUUAUAUACCAUUUUUUAUAUUGUUGUCACGCUGCAUCUGUACGCGAAUCUUAAAGCUGUGCGUUCCAUCUGCCUGCGCACCUUCAACGAGUCCCGCUACUUAAUUGCUCUGGAGGAAUUCUUUCGUUCAUCCCACAUGCUGACACCACAACAGGUCAAUAAAAUGGAACGAGUGACUGUUGGCCAAACGGUAUCCGUUUCACUCAAUAUACGUCUGGGCCUGAGUGUAAAGCAUCUUAUUGAUGAGUAUAAGAGCAGCAGUGUCAUUGAGAACAUUGUUUCCUCAUUUGAUCCGCAUGAGCGCUUCAUCAUUGCGGAAAGCAAGAAACAUUUGGGUGUCUAUCUGCACUUUGAUACCCGUCCGCAGGAUGUGUUGAAGGCAUACUUUUUUGCUGUCUCCUAUCUGCAGGAUCGAAAUCAAAUCAAGGAACAGUAUUGGGACAUUCAAGGCAAAUGGCAGGAGUUUCUCAAUCUGGCGCAAAAGGAGGGUUGGUUAAUCCAUCAACAUUUGUUGCUGGUCGAUGAGUAUCGUUUGGAUUGGAAGGCUUAGGGUCUAAGCUAAUGCUCAAUAACUGGACCAAACAUUCAGAUACAUCGCUGAGAUGCUUGCUUUGAACGAUAUUAUUUGGAGUUUUUUUUUUGUUUUAAAAAAACACAUUUCUCACAUAUCUCACAUGGUAAUACACAUACCCUAAAACCAUAAUGCAAAACGUUGAUACUAGCAAAAGGAUAAAAAUCAAGAAACUAUUGCGAUAAUACACACUUAUUUACACACACAUUUAGAUUUAGUCUCACGAAUCUCAUCUCAAAAAUAUUGUGAAAACAAAAAACAAACAGAAAUUCGAAUAUACAUAACGUGAACAUCUUCCAACUAUGUAACUCUGCCUUAGCACAAAGUAACGUUAGUAACCCGAUAUUCUUAUAAGAUAUUCAGAGGGCCGUCUGAACAUUUCUCAAGUAUAUAAGUAUAUAGCUUAGCCGUCUAAAACAUUUUUAAAUUAAAGAAUAAAAUGUGCUUAUUUUGGA